AUGCCGAGCUACAAACUUCACUACUUUGACAUCCGGGGCCGCGGCGAGCUGAAUCGCUACCUCUUUCUGGCGGCCGGAAGGGACUUCAAGGACAACCGGAUACCGCGAGAUGAGUGGCCAAAUGUCAAACCAAGUUGCUGGGAGCAGGCGCUCUGUGACCAGACCCUGGAACUCAUUAACGACCUCAUUCUGAAAGUCGUCAAACACCAGUUUGAAAAGGACGAGGAGAAAAAGUUAACCGUAGCAGAUUUGGCAGCCUAUGCUGUAUUAGACACAGCGUUGCAGAAUUUGGAAACCUUCUUGGAGAAGCACGAGAAAUUGCGGGCUCACCGUGACAUGGUAGGCGCCAUACCCAAGAUGCUGGACUAUGUCAGCAACAGAAAAAAGACUGUCAUCUAG